AUGAACCGAUUCGGUGCGAUCUUCCUGCUGGUCUCAGCGACCGCGUCCUUCGUAACCUGCGAGCCGCCGGUCUUGAGCGGAGGUUACUCUUACUCCGGCGGAGGCGGCGGUCACGGUCACGGCCAUAGCACCGGAGGCGGAUAUGACGAUGGUGGUUACGUCGCUGUCAGCCCAGGUCAUCAGACAUCCGAGGGUCUGCACGUCGACCACAGCCUGCUGCACAAGGUGAAGGAAGCGCUGCUGGAGCACGAGAACUCUGGAUCGCAUGGCGGCGGCGGUGGCUACGCUGGCCACGGUUCCCUCUCCUCUUCGUAUGGUGCACCUUCGAGCUCGUACGGACCACCGUCGCCCGUGUACGGCGUCCCAUCCUACUCCUCCGGCCAUGGAUACGGCAAGGCGACCGGCAUCGAACUCGGACACGUGCAGCAAGGAAUCCAGGUCGCCGAGUACUACAAGGCGUCGCACGGUCCUUCCUACUCGUCGUACUCCGCUCCGUCCUACUCAUCGCACGGAUCCUCCUCGUCCUACUCGGCACCAUCGUACUCGUCUCACUCGUCGUUCACUCCAUCUCACGGCUACUCCUCGGGUGGCUCAUCCUACUCAUCGUACUCUGCUCCAUCCGUUUCAUCUCACUACUCUGCUCCAUCUGUCUCCUCUCACUACUCUGCUCCCUCUGUCUCUUCUCACUACUCUGCGCCGUCCUCCUCAUACGGUGCACCGUCCGUCUCUUCGCACUACUCAGCACCGUCCUCCUCGUACGGUGUACCUUCCGUCUCCUCGCACUACUCAGCACCGUCCUCCUCGUACGGUGCUCCUUCCGUCUCCUCCCACUACUCGGCACCAUCCUCCUCCUACGGAGCCCCAUCUCUAUCGUCGCACGGCUCUUCCUACUCAUCUCACGGCUCGGGUGGUUCCUACUCAUCGUCUCACUCGUCCGGACCAUCGUUCGUAGCCAUUCCGUCGUCCUCGUACGGCGUUCCCUCGUUCGGCUCGUCCUCGCAUUCGCACCGACCGUCGCACGGACUGAGCCUACACUCCCUCACCUCCUACCGCGCGCCAUCCUCCUCGUACGGACCACCGCGUCCCGUCUAUGGUCCGCCGCACCAUCACUAA